GACUCAGAGGAAAUACUACAGUGGAGGUGGUCGUUUCUACAGACGCGUUUUCAUUUUUUAUAUGGAAAGAGGACCGAAAUGGACACAAGGUUUUGCCUUUUAGCACUAUGCUAAGAUCUCGGGGAGCCUUACCACCAUGCUGGAACUGGGCUCAUGUUCUGUCAGCUCUCAGUCUCUGACAGAUGACCACGAUGCUUUGGGGCUACCUCCAGCUGCAGGAGGGCCGGAGAGUCCAGCACCUGGUUUUGCUCAGAUGUGUGGCAGCAGCAGUCCCAGGCACCAUGUCUUGUACCCAUCCCCAACGGACUGUGAAAACUGGCAGAAACAUCGGGGAGGGCUGGCUGGAGGUUCAAACCUUUACUCUGAGCCCCACUCGCUUCUGGAACCUCAGAGUCUGUCGACCAGCUAUGACACCCUGUACCUCCCACAGAUGUCUGGGCAGGGUCAGACUCUCCAUCCGAAUCGUCUUGGCCUUUCCCUGGAUGUGACUUCAACAUUUGAUGCUGGAGUAGGGAUGCUUGGGAUGGAUGGAGAUUUGGCAGUCAGUCCUAACGUGAUUAAGAGACGGCGGGGAGGCCUCAUUGAACAGAGAGACAUUGUUAAAGCACACCAGGCCCAUAAGAUACAUAGCACACCACAGGCUCGACGUAAAGAAUGGGAAAUGGCCCGCUUUGGAGACGACGUCCCGGGCUUGUUAAGCUCCGGGGAUGGAGGAUCGGAGCGCAACCGGACCCGCGAUGGAGCGGCCGUGUCCACAGGUGGGAUCUCCCCGGCGUUCAAGCAGACCAAAGCUCAGCGCGCCCGCACCAUGGCCCUGUACAACCCCAUCCCGGUCAGGGAGAACUGCUUCACCGUCAACAGGUCGCUCUUCAUCUUCGGGGAGGACAACGUGAUCAGGAAGUACGCUAAGAAAAUCACUGAGUGGCCUCCAUUUGAGUACAUGAUCCUUGCCACCAUCAUUGCCAACUGUAUAGUUUUGGCUCUGGAGCAGCAUCUUCCUGGCGAGGAUAAAACCCCCAUGUCCAAGAGACUGGAGAAGACAGAGCCUUACUUUAUAGGAAUGUUCUGUUUUGAGGCCGGGAUAAAGAUCAUCGCUCUGGGUUUUGUGUUCCAUAAAGGUUCCUACCUCAGAAAUGGUUGGAAUGUCAUGGAUUUUAUUGUCGUCCUCAGUGGGAUCCUGGCAGCAGCAGGAGCUCAUAUGAACAUCUCAGUGGAUCUGAGGACUCUCAGGGCUGUUAGAGUGCUGCGACCCCUCAAACUGGUCUCUGGCAUACCCAGUCUACAAAUAGUUCUGAAGUCUAUAAUGAAGGCCAUGGUGCCGCUACUACAGAUCGGCCUACUGCUGUUCUUUGCAAUCCUUAUGUUCGCCAUCAUCGGCCUGGAGUUUUACAGUGGCAAAUUGCACAGGACCUGCACACCACAGCCAGGAAUACAAGGAAAUGAGACGGUCGACUCGUCUGAGUACGAGUUCCCGUGUGGCGUUCGUCAGUGUCCAACCAAAUAUGCCUGCACAGAAACCUGGAUUGGACCUAAUGAUGGCAUCACCCAGUUUGACAACAUCCUGUUUGCAGUCCUUACCGUCUUCCAGUGCAUCACCAUGGAGGGAUGGACCACUGUUCUCUACAAUACCAAUGACGCUUUGGGUCCCACCUGGAACUGGCUGUACUUUAUCCCUCUCAUCAUCAUCGGCUCCUUCUUUGUCCUGAAUCUGGUUCUGGGAGUCCUCUCUGGUGAAUUUGCAAAAGAGAGGGAGAGAGUUGAGAACCGCCGGGCCUUCAUGAAGCUGAGACGUCAGCAGCAGAUUGAAAGAGAGCUCAAUGGUUACCGCGCCUGGAUUGACCGGGCGGAGGAAGUUAUGCUUGCAGAGGAGAAUAGGAAUCCAGGACCGUCUGCAUUGGACGUGUUGAAGCGAGCCACCACUAUAAAGAGGAGAGGCAUGGAUGCACAUCAGGGCCAUUUAGGCGAUGAACAUUAUGGCGAUAUCUCUUCUGUGGGCAUGCCGAUGCCCAGAGCCAGCAUUCGAAGUGCAAAACGGGGUCCCACUGCCUAUUUUCGACGUAAAGAACGUCUCCUCCGGAUUUCAAUUCGCCGUGUGGUGAAGACGCACACUUUCUACUGGACGGUGCUUGGCCUUGUUGGUCUCAACACACUGUGUGUUGCCAUUGUGCACCACAACCAGCCUCCCUGGCUGUCCCACUUUCUCUACUAUGCAGAGUUUCUGUUCCUCGCUCUGUUCCUGACAGAGAUGUUCCUGAAGAUGUACAGCUUGGGGCCGCGUCUCUACUUUCAUUCCUCUUUUAACUGCUUUGACUGCAGUGUUAUCAUUGGCAGCAUUUUUGAAGUGCUGUGGGGUUUCUUCAGACCAGGGACUUCAUUCGGUAUCAGUGUCCUUCGUGCUCUCCGUCUGCUUAGGAUCUUCAAAAUCACCAAGUAUUGGGCGUCUCUGAGAAACCUGGUUGUGUCUCUGAUGAACUCCAUGAAGUCCAUCAUCUCCUUGAUCUUCCUUCUCUUUCUCUUCAUUGUUGUCUUCGCACUCCUUGGCAUGCAGCUUUUUGGUGGCAGGUUCAUCUUUGAGGACUACACCCCGACAAACUUUGACACCUUUCCCGCAGCUAUUAUGACUGUCUUUCAGAUCCUGACUGGAGAGGACUGGAAUGAGGUUAUGUAUAAUGGCAUUCGCUCCCAAGGAGGAGUGAAGUCAGGGAUGUGGUCCUCUAUUUACUUUAUAGUUCUCACUCUUUUUGGAAACUAUACACUUCUGAAUGUCUUCUUGGCCAUCGCUGUGGAUAACCUCGCCAACGCCCAAGAACUUACCAAGGAUGAAGAGGAAGCAGAGGCAGCUUUUAACCAGAAGCAUGCUCUGCAGAAGGCAAAGGAAGUUGGACCGCUCUCCUCAUUCAUGUCCUCAGAGGGAAGCCGGAGGAGGCGGCCCUACUUGUACAGGAAAAGGGCCAUACAUCGCAGCCGGCCGACCUACUCCUACUCCCUGGAGGAGGCUCAGGGCAGUAUGAGAGAGGGCCGCCCACCUCCACCACUCAAACCCUCUAACUCUUUCAUGUCCAGGAGAGAAAGGAGAAAGAGGAUGACCAUGUCUGUUUGGGAGCAGAGGACCAGUCAGCUAAGGAGACACCGGCAGAUGUCCAGCAGAGAGAUCUUGUUCAGCAGUCCCAGUGAGGAAAAAGAUGCCCCCCCUGCUUUAGUUCAUGGACGUCCCCUGUCGCUCCACCGUAAGGUCAUGCAGCAUACACCUUCAGGGAGCAUAAAGGGACUAACUGACCCUCUGGUCUCACCAGGCAAGAACCCACCUCCAAGCUCAUCUAUGGAUGUGCCCCUGGAUGCUCCUCAUCCUGGUGACCUUCCUGAACCCCCUAUGUCAGCGCUGGAGUCAGAGGGUCUGGAUCCUACGAAUGUACCAUGCUUAAGCUUACCAGAGCCUCCUGAUUCAGAAUCCACCACCGAAAACAGAAAACUAGGCCUUAGCCACAAGCACGUUACCGAACGUCGAAGCCCAAGAUUAAACGCAGAACGUCAACACAGGCAUGUUAAAAAGUUUAGACCCCCAGAUAAUGUUGAAGCACUGAUUCUUGAGAAAGGAGGUCAAUGUGAAAUCAGGGGCAGAAAGGGGCAUCAUUGCGACCAACGCAACGGGACUAGAACUCAAGCAUCUUCUCCUGGAAAUGAAGGAAACAUAGGUUGUGCCGCAAAUGUUGACGAAAACAAAGUAAAUACUGGGAAAGUGGUGGUGAAGAAGGGAGCAGAGCCUGAGAACAGAUAUGGAGAGGUGUGCAAACACCAGGAGAGCAGACUGGCCCACCAAAACGAGGGAGAAAAGUCUAAAUUAAAAGACAUCCUUUCUGGUGACCAGUGCCCUCAGAAGCUAGAUGAAUCUCUGAACCAGUCUGAGCUGACAGCACCAAAUAAGGAAGAGGAUAACAAUGAAGAAAAUGAGUCAGAGCGGGACCGGGAUAAACUUAGCUCCAGUGUGAUUAUUGAAAUGCCUGAUGUGCAGCCAUCUCUUGAACUCUCCACCAUUACAGUCAACAAUAAGGAUCCAGAAACCUGUAAGUCAGAGAAGGAAGAGGCAGAAGAGACAAAACCUGCCAACACUGUGACCCCAGACAGCAUGUUUAUCUUCAAACCUGACAACCUGGUUCGGCGAGCAUGUCAUUAUGUGGUGAACCUCAGGUACUUUGAAAUGUGCAUCUUGUUGGUCAUAGCUGCUAGCAGCAUAGCACUGGCUGCAGAGGAUCCUGUAGCUACAUCGUCAGACUGGAAUAAGGUUCUACGUUAUUUUGAUUAUGUGUUUACCGGAGUAUUCACUUUUGAAAUGAUCAUAAAGAUGAUUGACCAGGGUCUGAUCCUACACGAUGGCUCCUACUUCAGAGACCUGUGGAACAUCUUGGACUUUAUCGUUGUGGUUGGAGCAUUGGUGGCCUUUGCUCUCACGAACGUGUUGGGAAACAACAAAGGACGAGACAUAAAGACCAUAAAAUCUCUGAGAGUGUUACGUGUCCUUAGACCUCUGAAGACCAUCAAAAGACUUCCUAAACUGAAGGCGGUGUUUGACUGCGUGGUGACAUCUCUGAAGAACGUCUUCAAUAUUUUGAUUGUCUACAAGCUUUUCAUGUUCAUCUUUGCAGUCAUUGCUGUACAGCUUUUCAAGGGGAAGUUCUUUUACUGUACUGACAGUUCAAAGGACACAGAGAAAGACUGCCAGGGAUACUACAUUGACUAUGGGAAGGACAAGAAAGAGGUGAAAAAAAGAGACUGGAAGAGGCACGAGUUUCAUUAUGACAACGUCAUCUGGGCUUUGCUCACGCUCUUCACUGUUUCCACUGGAGAGGGCUGGCCUCAGGUUCUGCAGCACUCUGUGGAUGUAACAGAAGAAGACAGAGGUCCAAGUCACGGCAAUAGGAUGGAGAUGUCAAUCUUCUACGUCAUCUACUUUGUUGUUUUCCCCUUCUUCUUCGUCAACAUCUUUGUGGCUCUCAUCAUCAUCACCUUCCAGGAGCAGGGGGAUAAGAUGAUGGAGGAGUGCAGCCUUGAGAAGAAUGAGAGAGCAUGCAUAGACUUUGCCAUCAGUGCAAAGCCCUUGACCCGAUACAUGCCACAGAACCGACACACGUUCCAGUACCGCCUGUGGCAUUUUGUGGUAUCACCAUCAUUUGAGUACACAGUCCUGACCAUGAUUGCUCUCAACACGAUUGUCCUGAUGAUGAAGUAUUACUCCGCCCCGCCUGCAUAUGAUGCCUUUCUGAAGCACCUCAACACAGCAUUUACUGUUCUCUUCUCUAUUGAGUGUGUUCUAAAGAUUCUGGCCUUUGGCUUUCUGAAUUACUUCCGAGACACUUGGAACAUUUUUGACUUCAUCACAGUUUUGGGCAGCAUCACUGAGAUUGUGGUAGACUUGCAGCGCAUUGACACAUUCAACAUGAGCUUCUUGAAGCUGUUUCGAGCAGCACGUCUGAUCAAACUGCUAAGACAGGGCUACACCAUCCGUAUCCUCCUCUGGACCUUUGUUCAGUCCUUCAAGGCUUUGCCCUACGUCUGCCUGCUCAUUGCUAUGCUCUUCUUCAUCUAUGCCAUUAUUGGAAUGCAGGUAUUUGGGAACAUUAAACUGAACGAGGAGACUCACAUUAACCAGCACAACAACUUUAAGACCUUCUUAGGUGCCCUGAUGCUGCUGUUCAGGAGUGCAACGGGGGAGUCAUGGCAGGAGAUCAUGCUGUCGUGUCUGGGGGGGCAACAGUGUGAAAUGGAUCCUUCUCUUCCUCCUCCAGCGCUGAUGACUGACCAGAGAGAGGGCUGCGGCUCAGACUUUGCCUACUUCUACUUUGUCUCCUUCAUUUUUUUCAGCUCUUUUCUGAUGCUGAACUUGUUUGUGGCUGUGAUAAUGGAUAACUUUGAGUAUCUUACAAGAGACUCCUCCAUCCUUGGUCCACACCACCUGGAUGAGUUUGUGCGAAUCUGGGGGGAAUACGAUCGGGCUGCCAGUGGUCGUAUCCAUUACACUGACAUGUAUGAGAUGUUGACCAACAUGUCGCCACCCCUAGGCCUGGGCAAGAAAUGCCCCUCCAAGGUGGCUUAUAAGAGACUUGUCCUGAUGAACAUGCCUGUGGAUGAUGAGAUGACGGUCCACUUCACAUCCACCCUCAUGGCCCUCAUUCGCACCGCACUUGAGAUCAAGUUAGCAAGAGGAGGAGAAGAUCGAAAUCAAAUGGAUUUGGAUCUGCAGAAGGAGAUUGGAAUUAUCUGGCCCCACCUUUCUCAGAAAACGCUGGACCUGUUGGUUCCAAUUCACAAAGCUAGUGACAUGACUAUAGGAAAGAUCUAUGCUGCCAUGAUGAUAAUGGAUUACUACAAGCAGAGCAAAGCCAAAAAACUGCGCCAGCAACUGGAGGAACAAAAACACGCCCCCAUGUUUCAGCGUAUGGAUGCUUCCUCUCUUCCUCAAGAAAUCCUAUGCAAUGCCAAGUCUCUGUCAUUUCUCCGACACAGUGCUGGAUCUGCUCUGACCAGAGGAGGUUUUGUGGCACUCAGCCCCAUUUCUCCACAGGAAAUGUUCCUGCAGCCACGGCCUCACUCCAGGGAGAGGACAGAGGAGGAGGAGGAGGAGGAGGAUGAAGAUUAUCACUCACCUUACCACCUUUACCAACAUCAACAUCACCAUCAUCGUCAUUUACAUACGCUAGUGCCGGAGGUGGUGGAGUACAACCAUCUGAUGCAGAAAGCCAGGCAGGACCAAACAGUUAUUAAAUCACCACCGCGCACUGCAUCUAUCAGAGCAUCCUCCAUGCCCAGGCUCGCUGUUGAUCCACAGGCUGUAGUCUCAGAAGACGGGCGGCUCAUGAAACGCUCCUUCUCCACCAUCGGAGAUCAGUGUGUGAACGGCCUGUGGCAGGAGCAACACUCUCUGGAGAAAAUCAGUCCUGAUGACACAUUCAAAUCUCGCCAAAGGAGUUUCAGAGGUCCCAAAAUCAGCCCCAGAGAAACAAGCAUUCGCGAAAGAGGGAGAUCGAAAGAACGGCGCCACCUGCUGUCUCCGGACAUUUCCCGUUGCAACUCUGAGGAGCGAAGCAGGGAGCCUUCUCGUGAGAGUAGGCAGUCCCGCUCACCAAGCGAAGGACGCGUGCAUAACAUCCAGAAACAGGCGAUGACAUCAGGUAGUCCAGCAAACUCUCCCCCGGAGUCCAGUACCCCUCGUAACCGGCGCCUGCUGCCUCAGACACCCUCUCGUCCACGGCCUUAUAUCUCCUACUCUCCUCUCGUGUGCAAAGCCUUGACAUCUCCUUCUGCUCCUACCGACCGUGAAGGACAGUGCCAGCCUCAGGACGUACCAAGUGGCUCCACAGAGACCUCUUGGCAGGCUGAGAAGGAAAGCAGACCCCUGUCGGCAGGUCACUGCUCCUCUCAGGGUCAGAGUUUAGGACCAAGCCAUCCUUCGCCUCACCGCUACAUAUCUGAGCCCUACCUGCCUUUUCAUGAGGACUUCAGUGGUGAUGAUUCAGGUGAGAGGCAGGAAACACUGACCUUUGAGUCUGCCAUGGCCACCAGUCUGGGACGAGCCAACGCAAUAAGCUCCGCCCCUCAGCUCAGACACUCUUGGCAGGUUCCCAAUGGUCACGUCCGAAAGCACUUGGUGAAGGGGAGCCCGACUGAUAACAGCGAGCUGCUAAGUGACACAGAUGAGGAUGACCGCUGCUAAAACUCAGAAACAAAGACGCAUCCGAUGCACAUUGCAUCGGGGGAGAGCAGAGCGGCUUCACGGCAUCAGGGGAGCUAAAUCAUCUCCCAUGGGGCUAAGAGAACCUCACAUUCUCCGCACCCGUAGCAUUACAGCCAGGACAGAGUUACAACAUUAUUGAUCUGGAUACUUUUGUCAGACUUUAUAUGUCCGUUUCUGUUUCUAGUAGCUGAAAGGAAUCUAGAUAUUUGGACCGGAAUGUCUGUUUAUAUGUGUGUGCUAUGGAUACAGAAUGUGCCGUAAAAAAGUGAAAUGCAGAGGGGGACCCUAAUACAAGUAGCCCAAUGCCCAAAUCAAUAGGUUCCAGCUCCCUCCCAAAUAAAUGUUUCAUCACAGAACAAAAAUACUGUCAGAUGUCUUUACAACAUGUCCAAAUGUUUCCAAAAAUAUCUGAUGAAGUGCAUUUUGUGGAAGUGAAAAAUAGAGGUAGUAUAUCCACAUGUAAUGAGAUGAAUGUAUUUUUAUUUUAAGUUCAGGUAUAUUUAGUGGGCUGUCUAUAGAGCGCAAAAUUGUAUGAGGAAAUUUUUCUGUGGUCAAGCAGCCACUCUGUACUUUUCCUGUUUACAGUAAGAAUUUAGUGAAAGAUAAACGGGCAUUACAUUGCUUGGUCUUUCUGUUGUAAUGUGAAAACAAUGCAGAUGCUCGGAAAAUAGGAGAGAGAUGCUCUGUCUCAUGAUCUAGUGACUCCAAGUAUGUAUUAUAUGACCCAACGUGAAGUUGAUGAAAAGCCAAAAUUUGAAAUCCAGUUUCCUUUUUUUUAUAUGUUUGCUUACCGACUCUGCUGACCAUGUCUGGUAAAGCAGCCAUGUCCAAGUGAUGCUGCCAUGUGAAAAAAAGCCAAAUGUUUGUCCAACCUAUAUUUUGCUGUGCCAGACAGUCCCUCUUGAUGGCGUGGUGGAGAGCUAAUUCAAGACAUUAUCUCGUCUGCAGAGCUUGGGAUGUGUUGCCUUAUUUCCUGCGAAGAUUAAAGCUAUGACAAAUAAUUGCCAUACUGCCAUACAUGGAUGCUUUAACAGAAAUCACGGCAAUGCUGCUGUUUGUUUUGUAACUCAUAAAUUUUUCCCAUUAUGUUUCGUCUGUAACACUAAUAUUGUAUUUUUUGUGCUUACAGGUUUUUGUAUUUCAUGCAUGAUCACAAUAACUGCCUGAUUAUUUUUGGUGUUGAAUAGGUUCUUGCAACAAGUUAUCUGAAGACAUGCAUUAUAUUGUCUGCAGUGUUUAGUCACUUGUCACCCCCAAAAGAUGAAUUUAAUUGUUAUCCCAUUCCUACCCUAUAGUUUUCAAAUUAUACACCCUUUCUUCUUGGCUUUAACAGAUUUAUCUCUUUUAGAGAAGGCUUUCCAGUAUGUUAAGGAAAGCUUUAUGGAUUUUUUGUUUUUAUAUAUAUAUAUAUAUUUUUUUUUUUUUUUUCUUAGACGAACAUUUACAUGAGAUGUAUGAGAUCAGACACUAUGUUUCAUAGCCUUUGCUCCAAUUCAUCUAAUAGGUGUUUAUCUGUUGAAGUCAGGACUUUGUUCAGGCCUCUGAAGUUUGUCCACACUUAAUUAUAUACCUUAUAUGAUCUUAAUUAGUUUUCUUUGCUUUCGUCUUGUUUUGGGUUUUUGGCUUCUUUUUAUAUUUAAAUGUUUUUACUCUUUGCUCUCCAUGUUUAGGUCAUUCUUUUGUUUUAAAAUACCUCAUGCUUCUAUUUUUGUACUCUAGUCAGGGAUGCAACUCCUUUAUUUUCUAUUGGGCAUGCAGUUAAACCUGCAGGCCCAAUUUGGGCACUAUUCACUAUUCUGGGUUACCACUUACCACUUUACUCCUGUUGGUAAUAUCACAUGCACUAACAGCUGUUACCUACAGAAAUGGCCAACUAGAAGUGAUUGCCCAUAAAUGAUCACCUCUAUAUCACGGUGCACCCAUACACCACAAGUGCAAAGUGCAUACCAACUUUUUGCACCGCUGACUUUAGUUUUUUGUAAGUUUUAAUAUUCGUUUUGUCUCCUGUUCUUUGAUUAAUAUUUUGGUGAUGUUUAUGGUGUUUUGGGUUUCUGUCUAUUUCCAGGUUUGUACUCUGCUAGUCUUGUUGUGUUUUGUUAGUGUUGCUUUUCUGUGAUCCCAGAUUAAGCCGGUACCGUGUCUCAGUGUCUUACUUCUAUUAUCUUCUCUGGUCUCUCUCAUUCUUUCCCCAUGAAUACUUGGUUUUCUCCUUCUGUGUCAGAUCUCUGUUGUUGCUAUUAGUGUGGUUUGUUACCAAUGGUGUGCUUGUAUCUUUUAUUAUUAUUUCUUUAUUUUGUUUUUAUUUUUCCCAGUUUUGUUAUUGGUAUCUUUGAUUUUUUUUAUUUCUUGACUAAAACAAUAUAUUUCCACCUGACUGCCUCCUGCUUUGUAAUCUGCUCCACAAACGUACGACAGUUAAAGUGUUUCUAGACCUUCCUUUUUGCCCUCUAGCAGUCCUAUUAACAACCCUAAAUGGUUCUCCCAAUAUUUGCAGCUGCAAGAUGUCAAAAAAUGUCUUGGCAAAGUAAAGCAUUAACAGUUAAUAACAAUAGAACUAACUGGAACAGCCUUAAAAAAAUAAAACCUGGAUUCAAUGAUUGGAUUCAAUCAAUCCUGACCUUCACUCUUCAGUUAUGUUGUGUUUCUAUCUCAUGAAGAUGAAUAUUUAUAUCAUGUGCUGUUGUGUUGGUAAAAUAUAACAAGUUGGCAAUGUGAACCCGGCACAUAUUUGGACAGAGGAGCUCUAUAAAACCUAUAUCUUAGUGGAAAGGUCUCUGGAAUGUGUUUUAAAGUAAACGGGUUAGGUUUCAGCCUCUCACUGUAGUAUAAACAUUACAUAGAACAGUCCUAAACAUGUACAGGGCAGCUUAGGACUUAACUUGGAUGUCAGUCUAAACAACCUAACUUGUGCCUAGGAAAGCUAAUCCCUAUCAGGCCUGGAUUAAUUAGAUAGAUAAGUUCUCUGGUAAAUAUGUUGUAUGAGCCGUAAAAAAAUUUAUUUAUUUAUAGUACCUUUUGAUUUCAACUGUAAUUAUAAUUAUGCUUGUUUUCUGACUGUUUACACAAACUUUAAUUAGAUGCCCUGUCUUUUCUGUGCCAAAUUCAAUUAAAUGAGUAUGAUUUGUUAACAGAGAGGUCCGCAGAUGUGUUUUUUGUAAUUAAGAACAAGGUGAUGGCAUUUAGGACACAAACUCUGUUAGGCCUCUGUAAGUGUUGAUUCUUAAGAAAAAAAAUCUUAAAUAAAUCUGGAAAAAAAA